AUGAAAGGCCUUUCGACGAAGUUGAAGGCGAACGACACAGUUGUAACAUCUUCGUCGUCAUUUCGCUGGGCGAGCGACAUGGUGGACGCAGAUUCGAAAUCCGGCGAAUCAUUGUCUGAAGUCGAAGAAGCAGCAUCGGAUUCGGACGACAGUUGGGCUGCCUCCGAUCUGGAACAAGAUAACGAAGAUGAUGUUAGCGAGGACGAGGAGGAGCAGGAUCGCGUGUUUCUGGGAGUGAAAGAAGUUGAUCCGUUGGAUGUAAACGGCGUGGGUGAAGGCAGGGACAGGUUAUCCUGGGAGGAUGAGGAGGUUGAGAACGAUGAGGAGAACGCGGAUGGGGUUGAUCCGGAUCGGAUGAAGCGGUGGCCUAAGGGUGUGACUACGCGAGCAGGGAAGAACAAGAGGAAGGAGGUGGAGGAAGAGGAGCAAGAGGUUGCGAGUUUACCGUCUGAAGAGGAGGAGGAAGAAGAGGAGGAAGCAGAUGAGGAUGUGGCUCUGAGCGCUCGAGCAAAGCGGACGUGGAGAAACAUGAAGAGAUGCAGCAAUGGCAGUGGGAAGAAAUCUCAAAAACAGCAAAAACAGCAGGAUAAGAAGCGGAAACGGGCAGCAAAGGCAGCGGCGUGGGUGCGGCCAGUACAUUUAGAGGGCGAGGAGGUGGAAGAAGAGCGAAUGGCGGAGUGGGAGAGGGAUCUAGCAGCGUGCAACAGAGGGGAGGUGACGCCUCAGCACCUGAUGGAGAAGAGGGAGAGGCCGCGGGAGCAGGAGCCUGCUCCGGAUAUUCUCAUGCCGCUGCUGCCCUUCCAGAAGGAGUGGCUUGCGUGGAGCCUCAAGCAGGAGCAAGGCCCCAUCAAGGGCGGCAUCUUAGCGGACGAGAUGGGCAUGGGGAAGACCAUUCAAGCCAUCUCCCUUAUAGUCACCAGCCCCCCCACAGAUGUAACCGCUACUGCUGCUGCCAGCGCACAGGCCACAGCUGGCAAUCCAGGUUCAUCUGGGGGAGGUGCAUAUGAGUCAGAGAGGCCAGCAGUGAAGGCGACUCUCGUGAUCUGCCCACUCGUGGCGGUGCUGCAGUGGCGGCAGGAGAUCGCUCGUUUCACUCGCCCAGACAGUGUUAAGGUGCUGGUGUAUCACGGUCCCAGGCGAGCAAUUAGUGUGAAAGAUUUAGAGGAGUAUGACGUGGUUCUGACAACGUUCUCCAUUGUGGAGGCUGAAAUGCGGGCAGCUGUGUUCCCCUCCAAGGUCCCCUGCCAGUGGUGCCAGAAAAUGUUUUUUCCUGACCGGCUGGAGAUCCACCAAAAGUAUUUCUGUGGCCCGAACGCCAAGAGGACCGCCAAGCAGGCGAAGCAGCAGAAGAAGCUGCCGAGAAGCUUCAAGGGGGUAGGGGAAGGUGGGAAAGGGCAGGCGGGAAAAGGGGGGAAGGGUGGGAAAGGUGGGAGCUUUUUGAAAGGAAAGAAGGCCAAGUGGAAGGAGGAAGGUGAGAGUGACAGUGACUACGAGGAAGAGGAGGACGAUGAGGACGAGGAGAGGGGCUGGAAGGGGAAAGGGAGAAAUUUGGGAAAGUCAUCACCAGCAUCGGUGCUGCACUUGGUGCGAUGGAGGAGGAUCAUUCUGGACGAGGCACACAGCAUCAAGGACCGCCGCUGCAACACGGCCCGAGCUGUCUUCACCCUCUGCUCCGACUUCAAGUGGGCGCUCAGUGGCACGCCUCUGCAGAACCGCGUGGGGGAGCUGUACUCGCUGAUCCGCUUCCUGCAGAUCAACCCUUACUCGUACUACUUCUGCCGGCACUGUGACUGCCAGUCGCUCGACCACAAGUUCUCUGCACACAAUCGCAAGUGCGACCAGUGCGGCCACUCGCCAUUGGUCCAUUUCUGCUGGUGGAACAAGUUCGUGGCAAACCCCAUAAUGAAGCAUGGGUAUGGGGGCGAUGGCAGGAGGGCCAUGCUGCUGCUCAAGCACCGCGUGCUCGACCGCGUUCUGCUGCGCCGCACCAAGACUGAACGGGCGGCGGACCUCACUUUGCCGCCCAGAACUUCCACGCUUCGGAGGGACAGAUUUGACGCACGGGAAGAGGAUUUGUACGAGGCGCUCUACACCCAGAGCCAAUCACAAUUCGCCACAUACGUGGAUACGGGCACCUUACUCAACAACUACGCGCACAUAUUCGAUCUGCUCAUCCGCCUGCGCCAAGCAGUGGACCAUCCCUACCUUGUUUGCCCCGUGUGCUCUGCUCCCCUCACUGUGGAUCUCAGCUCUACCUCCCCCGCCUCUCCCCUUGAAAGCACUGUGACUGAGGGGAAAGCAGGCAGUGCAAGGGGGAAGGGGAGCGGGGGAAGGGGGGAAGGUGGGGGUGAGGCUGGGGGAGGGGGUGGGUGGGGCGGUAGGGAGGGAGGGAAGGAGAAGGGUAAGGAGGGGGGGAGGGAGGGGGGGCGGUUGGCAGGAGGGGUGGUGCGUGCGAGAGGGAGCAUUUUGAGUCGGCUGGAUCUGUCGCGGUUCCAAAGCAGCACCAAGAUUGAAGCGCUGAGGGAGGAGCUGGAUAUGAUGGUGGCGAGGGACCCAGGCGCCAAGGCCCUAGUAUUCAGCCAGUUCACCUCCAUGCUCGACCUCAUUGCAUACCGCCUUCACCAGGUGGGUGUGCGGUGUGUGAAGCUGGAUGGAAGCAUGACAAUGGACGCUCGGGAUCGCAUCAUCUCCACCUUCACUCGCGAUGCUGACUGUCGGGUGUUCCUCAUGAGUCUCAAAGCGGGAGGAGUGGCUCUCAACCUCACCGUUGCCUCCCACGUCUUUCUGAUGGACCCCUGGUGGAAUCCUGCAGUGGAGCAGCAAGCACAGGACAGGAUCCACAGGCUCGGGCAGUUUAAGCCUGUCAGGGUGACUCGUUUUGUGAUAGCGGGCACUAUAGAAGAGCGCAUAAUAAAGCUGCAGGAGAAGAAGCAGCUGGUGUUUGAUGGCACGGUGGGAGGAUCAUCAGAGGCGUUGGGGCGGCUGACAGAGGACGAUCUGCGCUUUCUCUUCACCAACUGA